GAUAAACUUGUCCUCCAAUCCAAUGUAUCCAAGACAUAACUUAUAUUAAAUGAGUAUGUCGUUCUAACAACGUUUUCGUUUCAUGUAAGUCUUGUUCCGAUUCAAUCUCUCCUUUAGUUUUUGUUUCUCUUAAUUAUUAAACUCUGCAGCUCUGACUCGGCAUGGGACUCUAACGAUGAAAGAUGGGCAGCAAAUGAUAAUAAAAAAAGCAUUGCUCAUCAGAGGUCAGAGCAUACGUGGCAAAACAAAAUUCAUACUUAUCAAUCAAUCCUGGGGUGCAUGCAUCCCACCUCCAAAGCGCUCGUCGAUACUUCCGGAAGGUGCAGCGCGUCUUCCGUUUUCUCCAGCAUCUAAUAAACAGAAACAAAGAAGCAAUCUUUAAUUAAUCAUCUGAUUAAUCUGUUUAAUCAACAAUAAAGCUUUGAUCUUUUGGGGAAAUUGGGAUUUGGGUUUAAUUUAAUCUCUUUGAUUCAUUGAUUAAUAUAUGUAUUAGAUGGGUAACCGGCCCCCUCAAUUUCCCACCAUUUCCAUCUUCUUCCAUUUUCCGCAGGGAUAGAUAGAGGAGGGGUUUCCCGCAGAGAAUGAGCAAAGAUGACGACGACCCAGAAGCGAAAACGUCGAAGUCACAGCCGCCGGAUUGGCUGACCAACUUCCACCGUGAUCUGAUGGCCGGGGCGGUGAUGGGCAGCGUCGUGCACACGAUUGUGGCCCCAAUCGAGAGAGCCAAGCUUUUGCUGCAGACCCAGGAGAGCAACCUGGCCAUUCUCGGCGGUGGACGGACGAAGUUCAAGGGGAUGGUGGAUUGCAUCGCCCGGACGGUCAGGGAAGAAGGCAUCCUGUCUCUUUGGAGAGGCAAUGGGAGCAGCGUCCUCCGAUACUACCCUUCGGUCGCUCUCAAUUUCUCCCUCAAGGACCUUUAUAGGAACGUAUUAAGAAGUGGACACUCUCAAGAUGGUCAUUUUUUGGCUGGUCCAUCUGCAAAUUUCAUGGCUGGAGCUGCUGCUGGUUGUACAACAUUGAUCAUAAUAUACCCGCUUGAUAUUGCACAUACCCGCCUGGCUGCUGACAUUGGAAGAACUGAAAUCCGUCAAUUUCGAGGAAUAUACCAUUUCUUGUCUACCAUUCGCCAAAAGGACGGGAUUCAAGGGGUUUACAGAGGGCUUCCAGCCUCCUUACAGGGAAUGGUCAUUCACCGGGGGCUUUACUUUGGAGGCUUUGAUACGAUGAAGGAAAUUUUAUCAGAAGACUCUCAACGUGAUUUGCCAUUGUGGCAGCGUUGGGCAGUGGCUCAGGCAGUCACAACCUCAGCUGGGUUGUUGUCAUAUCCACUUGAUACAGUUCGGAGGCGGAUGAUGAUGCAGUCUGGACUGGAACAGCGGAUGUACAAUAACACUUUGGACUGCUGGAGGAAGAUAUAUAGGAGAGAAGGGGUGACUUCAUUUUAUCGUGGUGCAGUUUCGAAUGUGUUUAGGAGUACCGGCGCUGCUGCCAUCUUGGUUUUGUACGAUGAGGUCAAGAAGUUCAUGAAUUGGGGUGGUUUAUAGCACGAAACCACUUUUCCCGUCGCUUCACUCUUAACAAAAGAUUAGAGAUUAGGACUAGAACGACAGCAAAAUGGGAAACUACAGCAGGAAAUAUUUUGUAGAGUGCAGAUGAGUUCGAUAUUGUCAUUUUUUAACACGCAGUGAUGACAUUCAUCUUUGCCACCUAAGCUUUUUGAGGCUCUGGCAAUUUACUCACUGAUUUUUUUUGUUUUUUUUUUUGUUGAAAAAAUAGAAGGGUGGGAAUGUUGGCAAACGUCUAGAUCCGAAAGUAUUUUGACAUCAUCAACUUUUCUUGUUGUUGCCUUCUCACAUUUUUAUUGCGAAUAUCCAUAAAGACAA